CGGAGGGCGGUGAUUCCAUCUGUCACGAUUUGGGUCGCUCCCACCGGAGGACACCGACCGCUUGAGUCCAGCUUUCAGCGAGAUACUCCAGAGAGGAGGCAGGAUUCCUCUGAAAGGCCUGGGCUGUCAGCUCGGUGUCUGUCUCCCAGGUGGAGAGAAGGAGAAAGGGAGGAAAGGAUCAUCAGCGCUGGAGCUAUCGGCGCGUCUUUAUUUUUUUCCUCCAUCGGGGCUGUGCUGAAAGUCGUUCACCAUGCCGGUGUUUCAUACCAAGACCAUUGAGAGCAUCCUGGAGCCGGUGGCCCAGCAGAUCUCCCACCUGGUCAUCAUGCAUGAAGAGGGGGAGGUGGACGGGAAAGCCAUCCCGGACCUGUCGGUGCCGGUGGCCGCGGUGCAGGCUGCUGUCAGCAACCUUGUGAGGGUGGGGAAGGAAACGGUUCAAACCACAGAGGACCAGGUGAUGAAGAGAGACAUGCCUCCUGCUUUUAUUAAGGUGGAGAACUCAUCUUCCAAGCUCGUACAGGCAGCUCAGAUGCUUAAAGCAGAUCCAUACUCGGUUCCUGCGAGGGAUUACUUGAUUGAUGGAUCCAGGGGGAUACUGUCUGGAACAUCGGACCUUCUUCUUACUUUUGAUGAAGCAGAGGUGCGUAAGAUAAUCCGAGUGUGUAAAGGUAUCCUUGAGUAUCUGUCAGUAGCUGAAGUGGUGGAGACCAUGGAAGACCUCAUUACUUACACAAAAAAUCUUGGACCAGGUAUGACGAAGAUGUCAAAGAUGAUUGAGGAGCGGCAGCAGGAGCUCACCCACCAAGAACACCGGCAGAUGCUGGUCAGCUCCAUGAACACCAUUAAGGAGCUGCUGCCGGUUCUCAUCUCAGCAAUUAAGAUUUUUGUUGCAACCAAGACCAGUCGAGGAGCCGGCAUCGAAGAGGCUGAGAAGAACAGAAGGUUUACCUUUGAAAAGAUGAGCGCUGAAAUCACAGAGAUCAUCAGAGUCUUACAGCUCACCACGUGGGACGAAGAUGCCUGGGCUAACAAGAAGGAUAUGGAGGCCUUAAAGCGAUGUCUGGGUUUGAUCGAAUCAAAGAUGGCGCAGGCCAAGAGCUGGCUCAAAGACCCGCAGGGACAGCCAGGGGACUCUGGUGAAGUGGCGCUGCGUGUCAUUCUGGAUGAAGCUGGUAAGGUGGGAGAGCUGUGUGCUGGUAAGGAGAGGAAAGACAUACUGGCAACCACCAAGGCACUGGGGCAGAUGACUGAUCAAGUCGGAGAUAUGCGUGUCAGGGGUCAGGGCCAGACUCCAGGGUGUGUUCAGCGAGCAGGCCAGUGCUUACAGGGCCUAGAUCUGCUCUUUGGCAAAGUGGACAGUGCUGCUCGCAGGCUGGAGGCUCUAAUCAAUGCCAAGCAGGCAAUUUCCAGGAGGCUGGAUGCUGCACAGGCAUGGUUGGCUGAUCCUAACGGUGGUCCUGAGGGAGAGGAGAACAUCCUAGCACUUCUAGCAGAGGCCAAACGCAUUGCAGAACUCUGUGAAGACCCAAAGGAGAGGGACGACAUCUUGCGCUCCGUAAAUGAGAUAGCAGGACUGACCGCCCGGCUUAUGGAGCUGCGCAAACAACUGAGACUUCAACCACAAGCCACCAACAGGUGGCCUUUUAUGUCAACGUGGAAAAUGUGUUGUUGCUUAUCAACCAUGCCGAUCCUUCCCACAUUAAGGUUUCUGAGAUUAAAUGUGGUGAAACAGGGUUGUGGUGGGACAGGAAGUGGGAUGCUCGGUAUUCCUGGUAGAAUUUAAAGGGAAAUACCACUUAAUAAAAUAACUACAUUAAUAUUUCAAGUAUCUAUAUAAUUUGUGUUAGUUUACUAAAAUUAUCUCAUAAUAAUCAGAGUAUUGUGGCUUCAGGGUGAGAAAUUAUAAAGCAGUUUAUAAAAAAGAGAUGUGGCUGUCUUUGUACAGUAGACACUGGUGUAUUAUCAUGCCUUUUCUAAUCUUGAACAGGGUGUACUGUACACGACACACACACACAUAUCAUUCUUCUGUAAUUCUC